UGGCGGCGGCAGCAACAGGCGGCGGGCCCGACUCGGGGGGAGAGGGGGGCGGAGGCGGCGGAGGGGCGGGGAGCGCGAGGAGGAGCGACGCGGCCCGCGCCGCCGCCUCUUCCCGCCGCAUGGACGAGCACCUCAGCCUGCUGCGCUCGCCGCCGCCGCCCUCCGCCCGCCACCGCGCCCACCCGCCGCAGCGCCCCGCGAGCGGCGGCGGCGGCGCCCACACCCUGGUGAACCCCGGCUACGCCGAGCCCGCCGCAGGCCCCGCGCUGCCGCCCGACAUGACGGUGGUGCCCGGGGACCACCUGCUGGAGCCGGAGGCGGCCGACGGCGGCGGGGGCCCGCCUCAGGGCGGCUGUGGCGGCGGCGGCGGCUGCGACCGCGACCGCGACCGCUACGAGCCGCUGCCGCCCGCGCUGCCGGCCGCCGGCGAGCAGGACUGCUGCGGGGAGCGCGUGGUCAUCAACAUCUCGGGGCUGCGCUUCGAGACGCAGCUCAAGACCCUCUGCCAGUUCCCGGAGACGCUGCUGGGCGACCCCAAGCGGCGCAUGAGGUACUUCGACCCGCUCCGCAACGAGUACUUCUUCGACCGCAACCGGCCCAGCUUCGACGCCAUCCUCUACUACUACCAGUCGGGCGGCCGCAUCCGCCGGCCGGUCAACGUGCCCAUCGACAUCUUCUCCGAGGAGAUCCGCUUCUACCAGCUGGGCGAGGAGGCCAUGGAGAAGUUCCGCGAGGACGAGGGCUUCCUGCGGGAGGAGGAGCGGCCCCUGCCCCGCCGCGACUUCCAGCGCCAGGUGUGGCUGCUCUUCGAGUACCCGGAGAGCUCCGGGCCGGCUCGGGGCAUCGCCAUCGUGUCCGUGCUCGUCAUUCUCAUCUCCAUUGUCAUCUUCUGCCUGGAGACGCUUCCCGAGUUCCGCGACGAGAAGGACUACCCCGCCGCGUCGUCUCAGGAGCAGUUCGAGGCGGCCAGCAACAGCACGUCGGGGGCCCCCGCCGGAGCCUCCAGCUUCUCGGAUCCCUUCUUCGUGGUGGAGACCCUGUGCAUCAUCUGGUUCUCCUUUGAGCUGCUCGUGCGGUUCUUCGCUUGCCCCAGCAAAGCCACCUUCUCGCGAAAUAUUAUGAACCUGAUAGACAUCGUGGCCAUCAUCCCUUAUUUCAUCACUCUGGGCACCGAGCUGGCUGAGCGACAGGGCAAUGGACAGCAGGCCAUGUCCCUGGCCAUCCUGAGGGUCAUCCGGCUGGUGCGGGUCUUCCGCAUCUUCAAGCUCUCCCGGCACUCCAAGGGGCUGCAGAUCCUGGGCCAGACGCUGAAGGCUUCCAUGCGGGAGCUGGGGCUGCUUAUCUUCUUCCUCUUCAUUGGGGUCAUCCUUUUCUCCAGCGCGGUCUACUUUGCCGAGGCAGACGACCCCACUUCGGGUUUUAGCAGUAUCCCGGAUGCCUUCUGGUGGGCAGUGGUAACCAUGACAACAGUAGGUUACGGUGACAUGCACCCGGUGACCAUAGGGGGCAAGAUUGUGGGGUCGCUCUGUGCCAUCGCUGGUGUCUUGACCAUUGCUUUGCCAGUCCCCGUGAUUGUUUCCAACUUCAAUUACUUCUACCACCGGGAGACAGAAGGGGAAGAGCAAGCCCAGUACAUGCACGUGGGAAGUUGCCAGCACCUCUCCUCUUCGGCCGAGGAGCUCCGAAAAGCAAGGAGUAACUCCACUCUGAGUAAGUCGGAGUAUAUGGUGAUCGAAGAGGGGGGCAUGAACCAUAGCGCUUUCCCCCAGACCCCUUUCAAAACGGGCAAUUCCACUGCCACCUGCACCACGAACAAUAAUCCCAACUCCUGUGUCAACAUCAAAAAGAUAUUUACUGACGUGUAGUAUAUGCUCUAAGUGACAUGCUGUGCUCAGUAUUGUGUGGAACGUGCCCCCUUGGUCUGUGUAUGCCCUUGUUUUAUACAUUUCCAGACCAUUCAUCAAGGAAAGGACGUGAAGAAGUGGAAAGCACACUUCAUUUUCCCUCUCCCUACUGCUUCAUACUGAAACAGGUGUCUGUUUUGGAAGUGGGCUGCAUUCUCUCAGCUCUCCAUUUUUUUCUCCCCCCCUCCCUCCCCUAAUAUCGCAAAGAACAAACUUACUUUAAACUUCAUUUCUAGUACACACCCUGUUUAAAAAAAAAAAAAAAAAGUACAUCCUGGGAAGAAAUGAAACUAAAGAACAGUUAGAAUAACUGCCUAACCUCAGAAUUGAAAGACAGUUGUUUCUUUACUAAGUAAAGAAGGCACAUACUUAAAGGAUGCUUCCGUUUACUGGACCUUUUAACAUUAUUGAAUAUUUAGUUCAGUUGUCUUCGUUGUGGAUACGUGGAUGAGAAGUCUAAUUAGAACAAUGACUUGUAAACCCACCAUAAGUUUAUUUGGUUUUUGACUGGGAUUUCUGUUUGGAACCCCUCCCGGAAUUUUAAAGACUUCUACAACUUUGAACAAAGGGAAAUGUCCGAGGUGUCCUGAUCUGACUAAUUAGUUGAACUCUUUGGGGCUUGGUAAGCAUUUCGAAAGGGGGGUAGACAGGCAGAUUCCUCUGAAGUUCAGUAUGUGUGUUCCAGGCAACAUCUUAUCCAAGUGUAGAAACAGAUGUUUUCAGUGCUGCUGAGAGAAACAAACAGAAUUCCUAAUGUGUCUGCGAGAUAAGCUUCUGCAGUAUCACAAGAAGAUUAAAGUGGCAGACACUCCUUCCAGCGGAAGUUACUAAUUCUGACCUGACUGAUGCAGUUCCCAUAGCAACCCAUGUUUCCUGGGAAACCCGAAAAAGGUUGUCAUGGCAUCUCUUGCUCUCUAGCCCCACCCCCUAGCCCCUGCCGUUUCCACAGUAACCUUUCCAGAUGGUUCCUCCUUACAGGAUUUCAUAAGGAAAACCACUAUUUGAAUAAACCGCACAAAUAAGGUUACGUCUGAGAAUCUGAGGUGAACUGAAUCACAAACAAUGCAUUUUUUUUUUUUUACUACAGAAAAUCAUUGAUAUCAUCUCAUAAUGACUGAAUUGGAAAGGAAAAUACUGCCUUUGGAAUGUUAGAUAUAUACUCCAAUGAGGCAUGAUGUGAAUUAGAUGCCAAUAAUUAGGCAAUAACUUAAAAGGAUACUGUUUUCUUCCUCCAAGAAGUUUCAAGCCAGCAAGUGAAAUUUAAAAGCAAAUGUAAAAGUGUUCUGUACAUAAGCAAAUGAAAGAUUCAAUCGAUGUACCUGAAACCUUACUACAAGGGACCUUCAGACUUCCUCUUAAAAAAAAUUCGAGAAUCCCACAACAGCACUUGAAAAGCUAAAUAAACUUUAAAAAUAUAAAGGAUGCGUGUUUUUUAGCCGAGGGAAUUGCAGACAAUCAAUAAAAAGGAGGGACGGGAAGCAACCUUAUCUUGGGAAAAUACCUGCAAGUUUCAGCCAUAUACCAGGGGUUGCCAGAAGACAAACAGAAUCAGAUACCUGAAGAGUCCCACAUAGAGAACUGUAGAGCUGCACUGACCAGUAGGAUACUCAUUUUUAAAUUGCCUACAUCAAGAAUGCAGUGUUGGUUCUGUCGUUGAUGGGCGGUGAUCUGUCUGCUAGCACAUGUUUUGUUUUAGUUGACAUUAAAUAACCUGUCUCUGAGAAAUGCUUUAUAUAAAGGAAGCAGCUCUAAAGCUGAAGGAUUCUUUUCAACUGGUGUGCAAUAUCAAAGAUAGUGACGAAGAGAUAAAGAAGAACAUCAAAAAAUAUUAAGGGAUCACUUCAACCUUUUGACAUUUUGAUGAAAUCAAAUCACUCAAAAACUAAUCAGUACUGCUGAUAAAGAAAACCUAAACGUUUGUUUGUAAUAAGCCAACUGGUACUGUUUUCUUCUUUCAGUUAAUCACUGGACUAUGUUGAAUCAUGAGAUAUAGUAAUGUUCUCUUCUGUGUUCUGGGUUAUGUGAAACCUUAUUUGUGAAGGUGUGUUUUGUACCAAAGGCUUUCCUACAUAGAUCGGCCCAUUUUACACAUAAAUAAGUGAAGUCUACACUGUGCCCAGAUGAAUGGUAUUAAACAGACUGGCCUACAAGAAAUGUGCCUUGCUUGAUUAAACAUCCUUUUAUUUUUUGAUUCAAAAUGAUAGAUUUACAAUUAGUCUCAGAUAGGUUUUAGCUGAAUGUAAAUUUAAAAAUAUAUUAGUACUUAAUAUAUGUUUAAGUUGUCUAUUUUAACUGAAAUUUUAAUAUUUAGUUAUAGUUUUCAGCAGUUCCUAUAUAAUAUACUCAUUCAAGUUAGUUUUCAUGCAAUGUUUGGUGUGGUGACUGACACAAAGCACAUUCUUAAAGAUAUAAUAUUUCAUCUAAUGUUUAUAGAAUUUCCUUCAAAAUUAUAUCUGUAAAAGUUUUCUUGACUCAUUUUCUAUUUUUGUAUUUUAUUCCUUUAGAAAUGGAACUUUUUCAAUAAAAAAAAGCAAAGUUUUAGUUGGAAAAGAGAUUUAGGAGGUCAUGAAGAUGAUUUCCCAUUUGGGGACAUUUCACUUCUGUGCCAUUAUUAAUGUAUUUACUGUGACAUUUCAGCAGAAUGGUAGCUAUUUGUAUAUUAUUUAAUAAGCCUUAUGGAAAGUCAAACUGUGAACACUUGGUAUAAUGAAGACUUUUUUUCAUUUUCAUAUUUUAUUUUUGAAACAUACCUGAACAAGUGCGUAAAUAACCAAUUUCCUGUUAUUCAAGUGCAUAAUGAUGCUAAGUUAUAAUAAGAGGGCUUGUAGAAUUUUAAUAACUAUAAAAUAUUUCAGUAGCAAAGCCAAGAUUAUAAAUACUUCUUGAUGCCAUGUAUGUAGAAGGAAUUUCAUUGUUAAUAUAUAAGAAUAGGUAACUGAAACAGUGUUAUAGCUAUUAGCAGCAACAGAUGGGUUGGAGAUAUAAUCCAGGUAACUUUCUUUGAGGCAAUGUCUACAAUGAAUUCUGUACAAUCUGCUGGGUUUUUUUCUGUGAUCAAAAUUUGAGACCAAAUCUCUCUAGGAAAAAGUGAAGUAAAAGAGUGAUAAGUAUCUCAGAUUUGAGCUAUGUGAACCUCCCAUCUGGAUGAUUUGUAAUUAAAGUGAAAACAUAGCCAAAGCCACCACCAUGUUUUUGUUCUGUGUUAGCCCGCAUAGGAGGGACACUGGCCCAGGAAAUUGUCAAUCCAUUCUAGCCACCUAAUACUCAUAACUGAUGAUCACAGACUGUUCAACAGUAAAGUAAUUCACAACAGUAAAGUAAUUCACAGGAUGAUUGAAACAAACCAAUUAACUGUCCUAUAAGAGGUCUUAGACAUUCAGAUGUUUCAGUAAGGAUCAGUAGGCAUUACAAACAUAGACAUAAGUACUACCUUCAGGAAACACCAAUGACACAACUUUAAGCAUUAUGUAUACUUAAUAUCAUAUCUGCAUUAUUAUUACAGGCCACAGUUUCAAACAAAGACAAAACCUGGACUUUGCAAUAAAAGCACAGAUUGGCACCAGAUGAGUAAACUGUCAUAUCCAAUAUGGUUCACCGAAUGUGGAGCAAAAAUAUAGCAUUGGUCUAGAUAUCAUGAGACCAGAGUGAUUAUCCACUUUCUACCUGUGGGACACUAGAUAAGUUACUUACCAUUGCUAGGCUUCAGUUUUCCCGAAUUGCGAGGUGGGUGUGCUGGGUUAAAUAAUCCCCAAGGCCCUUUCCCAGCCUCCAAAUCCUCAUUUAUAUACAUUUGAAAAGGCUUUGAAGAAUACUUAAAGUACUCAGAUUUCUAAUGCAUCUCAGAAGGAAAGACUAAAUUGAAAUAAAAUUUAAACCUUGAAAGUGUCAUCAAUAUACCAUUCUUCAAAUUGAAUGUGAGAAGAGGAAAUAGGAUUUUUUUCCUCCUCUAAGAAUUGUCACUGGCCUAUAAUGGGAUCAUGAAAAAGUAGAAAAAUCACUCUGCAGAAUGGGAACAGAUUAACGAAAUUGCUGGAAAGGAGGGGAGGUUAUUUGUUAAAUUUAAUUAGAUGUUACUGUGAUUUGAAAUUAUAUAUGAAAUGCAGUACCAGAG